AUCUUUCCCAUUUCACACUACACUAUACACUCUCUUAACUCUUCUGAAAGUAAACAAUAAUAAUAAUGGCAGUAAGUAACAACAUAAUAGCAACUCUAAACUUCAUCGCCAUAUUAUGUUCCAUCCCAAUUAUAACCGCGGGCAUUUGGCUCGCUUCAAAACCGGACAACGAAUGCAUACGUUGGCUUCGUUGGCCGGUUCUAAUCAUCGGCAUCUUGUUUUUGCUGUUAGCCUUGACAGGUUUCGUUGGGGCUUAUUGGAACAAACAAGGUUUAUUAGCAUUUUAUUUAUUCUGUAACGCUGCACUUAUAAUAACGGGCCUAAUAUUACUUAUAUUAGCGUUUGUAGUAACGCGCCCAUCUGGCGCGUAUUCGGUUCCCGGGAGGAGCUAUAAGGAAUAUAGAUUGGGUGGGUAUUCUGAAUGGCUACGGGAUCAUGUUACGGAUAUGGAUCAUUGGGGGAACAUUAAAUCGUGUUUGAGUUCUUCUUCGAUUUGUACUAAAAUGACCCAGAAAGAUUCUUAUACUGCUGAUCAAUUUUUCGCUACUAAUAUCUCUCCUCUUCAGUCGGGGUGUUGCAAGCCUCCAACUGCGUGUGGGUACCAAUACGUGAACCCAAUAAUGUGGAUCAACCCGACUAACCCAACUGGUGAUGUGGAUUGUCCAAUAUGGAACAACGACCCUAAUCAAUUGUGCUACAAUUGUGACUCUUGCAAAGCCGGGUUGCUGGGAAACCUAAGGAAGGAAUGGAGAACCGCCAACGUGAUCUUGAUUGUAGCCGUUGUGGCUCUUAUAUGCCUAUAUCUUAUCGCUUGUAGCGCCUAUAGAAACGCACAAACUGAAGAAAUUUUCAAAAGGUAUAAACAAGGAUGGACUUGAUGUAGAAUGCAUUUUGUGUUGUUAUAUCUUGUUUUAUUACGCACCCGGAUUUCUCAAAAUGUUGUGUUCCGAUUAAUUAGUUUAUUUUAAGUAGCUAGGUGCUUUAUCUAGUUUAGUUCUGCUUUUUUCGGUUAUUAAUGAUGUGGAAUGGUGGCUAGUAGUGGUGUGUAUAUGUUUCUUUUGGGAAAUGAUUUACAAACCAUUGUUUGAA